AUGAUUUUGAUUUGGUUAUGAAAAAAAAAGUACUAUCGUUCUUCGCGUCGCCCCCCCCCCCCUCGGAGUUGUUUAAAUUAAGAUCACCCCCGAUUCUUCAACCAAUAGAUAAACAGUUUCUGGCGGGUGGCUGGUACGGAUUGUUCCAUCGCGUUUCUUGGAUUUGGCUCCGGAAUUUGAAGUGAUCGGGGAUCGCUUGUCCCCUUCUAACUCCCACCUCAAUCCAAUCGCCCUUUCAGCCUCUUCCUCGGAAACCCCAUGAUCCUAGCUAUCCUUUUGGCCCCCCGAUUCGACCAGUUUGAUUCGAAUUUGGGCCGGAUUGGUGCCCAGAGCGAUCAAAGCGGGGGCAAGAUUGGAUUUUGAUUAGCUAUUCAGUUAAUUGGGGGGAGUCAAUCAGUGGGAAAUCGAGUUCUUCCUUCUGCGGUGAAGGAAAGACGUAUGAACAUGACGCGGCAGGAUGGAGGGUAGGAAAAAGAGGGAGAGAUUUAGUAAAAUUUUCAGUGGAAUGUCAAUGCAAUGCCUUUGCUCUGGGGAUCAGUUGAACAGGAUGGAUGAUGUGGUCCAUUCAUCAGAGAAAAAAAUCAUUAAGGAUGGCCCGAACAGCAGGUACUCAUCUCCAAAUUUUGUGGUUGAGCAGCAUGUCAACAGUGCUGAUAUUGAGGACGCUGAAUUGUCCCUCCAGGGGAGUGGUUCCCUUAACUAUGAGGAAGCAAAGGCAUUGCUUGGAAGGGUAGAAUACCAAAGAGGGCAUAUUGAAGAAGCGCUUCGAGUGUUUGAUGGGAUCAUGAUAUCUACACUAAUUCCUGAGAUGAAAAUAUCUAUCGGUAGAAAAGUGGGGCAGAAAAAGCCCUGUUCACAUUCCAGCUCUCCGGUAAUGCCCUUUCAUGCUGUUACUAUACUAAUGGAGACUAUGUAUCUCAAAGCUAUAGCACUUCGUGAUCUUGGAAAGUUCAAAGAAGCUGCACAUGAGUGCAGUACAUUAUUGGACAUUGUGGAAUCUGCAUUGCCUCAAGGUUUGCCGUCUAACUUUGGAAAUGACUGCAACUUGAAUGAAACAAUAUGCAGAGCAGUUGAGUUGCUUCCUGAGCUUUGGAAAUUAGGAGGCUUUCCUGUUGAAGCUAUCUCUUCAUAUAGGAGGGCUCUUGUUAGUAAUUGGAACCUUGAUGCAAUGACCAUUGCUAAAAUACAGAAGGAAUUUGCUAUUUUUCUCCUGCACAGUGGAAGUGAAGCCUGCCCUCCUAAACUUCGAUGUCAAUUGGAUGGUUUAUUUGUACCUCAGAACAAUUUGGAAGAAGCUAUUCUUCUUUUAUUGAUUCUGUUGAUGAAGUUCAAUCUUAAGAGGAUUGAGAGAGACCCAACUGUGAUGCAUCACCUAAGUUUUGCACUGUCCGUGUCAGGGCAGUUGAAACCUCUAGCUUGUCAGUUUGAAGCACUAUCACCUGGUGUUCUAGACAAUAGAGAGUGGUUGUACAAUGCUGCAUUGUGCUACCUAGCAUCAGAAGAUGAUUUAACUGCACUGAAUCUGCUUAGAAGGGUAUUGAAGUCUGGAGAGGAUUCAAAUAGUCUCAAAGAACUUCUCCUGGCUUCAAAAAUCUGUGGUGAGAACAGUGUGCAUGCUGAAGAAGGUGCUUUGUAUGCUCGCAGAGCCCUUGCCAAUCUACAUGGAGGUUGCGACCAAAUGGAAGCUGUCGCGAACCUUUUGCUUGGCAUUUCCCUCUCCAAUCAAGCUAGAUGUGCUACGACUGAUACAGAGAGAGCUUCUCAGCAGCAUGAAGCAUUGGGGGUGCUUGCUAAUGCUAGAAAGAAGACGCAUGGCAGAGAUUUUAGGAUAACGUACAAUCUCAGCCUCGAAUAUGCUGAGCAGAGGAAAUUAUAUACAGCAGCUCUAUAUGCGAAGAAGCUGUUGAAAUUAGAGGCUGGAUCAGAAUUGAAGACAUGGCUCCUCAUAGCUCGAAUAAUGAGCGCCCAAAAACGGUUUGAGGAUGCUGAAUGUAUUGUGAAUGCUGCAUUAGAUCAGGCUGGGAAUUGGUGUCAAGGAGAUCUAUUACAGACCAAAGCCAAAAUUCAGGUUGCACAGGGGCAAUAUAAGAAAGCAGUUGAGACAUAUACCCAGCUUCUUGCUGUGAUCCAUCUCAGGAUGAAAAGUUUCGGUGCUGGGAUUUCUGUGUUACAGGCCACCAAGACUGAUAGAACUUUGGAAGUAAAGACAUGGUAUGAUCUUGCCCUUCUGUACCUAAGAUUGUCGCAAUGGAAGGAUGCUGAACUUUGCAUAUCAAAGAUAAAGGUUAUCAGUCUAUAUUCCCCAUUGGCUUGUCAUGCUACAGGAAAGCUACAUGAAGUGAAAGGUUUUCUGAAGGAAGCUCUACGAGCAUACUCAACGGCGUUAGACCUUGAACCUAAACAUGUACCGAGUUUGAUAUCAACUGCUAUUGUUCUUCGACAGCUUUGUGAGAAGCCCUUACCUGCUGUAAGAUGCUUCCUAACUGAUGCACUACGACUAGACAGAACAAAUCAUGAUGCAUGGUUCAACCUUGGCUUACUCUACGAAGAUGAAGGUGGCAGUUCAGCAGUGGAAGCUGCUGAAUGUUUUCAGGCUGCUGCUCUUCUUGAAGAAACUGCUCCAGCAGAACCUUUCAAAUGACAUCAAUAUUUUUGAAGGGCACAAAACCGAAAUCAACCAUGAAUCAAUCAAAUAUUUCGUGGAUAUGGCUAUGGUAUAACCAACUAUUAACACAGAAAGUUUCUCGAUUUUUUCCUCCUGCAACAUUUUUUCCUACUUCCCCAACUCCCACUUCUAGGAUUAGUGGAUGGUGAAAGUAGGUAUGUAAAAUGUGUAGAAUAGAAAUACAUGUACCAUAGCCUAUCUGUUUUAUUUAUAGAGCUAUACCUGUAAAAUAACAUACCAUACUUUUCCAGAUACAUGUACCAUAGAAUUGCUUCUUUGAUUUUACCCCUGUACUGGAUUAGCCUUGUUAAUUCUGAUCUCGAGAGAGCUCAAAGCAAUGUUGUAAAACUAUCGAUGAAAUAUUAGUACAUUUUCGAGGGGCGGACA